AUGGCAAAAUGCAAAGAAGAUACUUUUGUUAAAGUGGGUUUCAAAAACUGGAAGAAGGCAGUGGAAAAGUUCCAGAAUCAUGAAAGGUCUUAUGCCCAUAAACUGUCAGUAGCUAGCCUUAUUGCGUGGAAUAAGUCUGAUGGGGUCGAUGUUCAACUGAAUAAACAAAUGCGGGCAGAUCAAGUCUUGGCGCAGAAGGCUCUUUUGAAGAUCCUGACAUCUCUAUGGUACUUGGCUCAGCAAAGACUAGCUAUUCGUGGAAAAGAUGCGACAGGGGGUAAUUUCCGUGCCUUAUUAAAUUUAAGAGCAGAGGAUGAUGAUAAUCUGAAAUCAUGGCUUAAACAAAAAAUAUCACAUACGUCUCCUGAGCAGCAGAACGAAAUGCUCCAACUUAUGAGUCACAAAGUACUCAGGGAACUAUGUACUGAAAUUAAUAAGAGCAGUGCUACUAACAAAAGUACAUUUGGUAUCAUUAUUGAUGGCACACAGGAUUGCACUGGUCAGGAGCAAGAGGCGAUCUGUAUCAGAUAUGUAGAUGUUAACUUAAAUGUAAGAGAAGAAUUUAUAGGCCUGUAUCGUAUGUCAUCUACAACAGGUUUGUCUCUUUGCAAAAUGCUAAAGGAUGUAUUAAUACGAUUCCAGCUUCCAAUCGAGAAUCUUAGAGCACAGACUUAUGAUGGAGCCAGCAAUAUGUCUGGGAUUUACCACAGCUGCCAAGCUGAAAUAAAGAAAGUCCAACCCCUGGCAUCCUACACUCACUGUGGCGCACACGUUUCACAUUUGGUUGUAUCGAAAGCUGUCCCUUCAUCACCCUUCAUACGAGAUGCACUAGAUUGCCUUCAGGAGCUGGGGAAAUUAUACAAGGGUUCGGGUAGAUUCAAAAAUUUGUACCUGCAUCCCGAUAACGAUGAUGAUGAUAAUGUGGAUGGUUGUCAUAAUUACGAAGAUGUCAUCAAAGCACUGAGAACAGCGUCAUCUGAGUUUGGAACCAACGUAGCAUCACGAGCAACUGGGCUGUUAAAGUUUCUAAAGUCAGCAAAGUGCAUACUAGGCUUGGUAGCUGCACUGCCUAUCAUCAAGUGUCUUGAAAAUUUUAACAAGGCUUUGCAAGGUAAUACCAUUAAUAUCUCCGGUAUGCUUGAAGCUGCUGAGAGGGUGAAAAAUGAGCUGCAGCGACUUCGUUCGGAAGAAACCUUCAGGGAGGUUUUCAAAGAUACAGAGGAGAAGAUAGAGAAGUGGAAACUUGACCCUCUGGUUAUACGCAAACACAGGAUUCCAUCCAGGUAUGACACAGGUGGAGGAGAAUCUGAUCUGUCAAUUGAAGGAUUGUACAGGAGUGAAUACUAUAAGGUCCUGGACAGUGCAAGUGUCAACAUGAUAAACUACUUUACUUCCACAGACAUAGAAGAGCAACAGAGGUUGGCGUCAAUGUUACUUGAAGGUGAAUACCACCAAGAUUUGGUGAACAACUCUGUAGAAGCAGAGCGAUCUUUCAGUACUCUUCGGCGUAUGAAGACAUGGCUUCGUAGCACUAUGACUCAGCAGAGGUUAAACCAUCUUAUGGUUUCUAAUGUCCAUCGUGAACGUCUGCAACAGGUAAACAUCAGAGAAAUAGCAGAGGAGUUUGUCAGCAACUCAGACUCCAGACGCCGUACUUUUGGAAGAUGUACAGGUGUGUUUUUCUAUGCUAGAUUAGAUAAUACUUACAAUCAGUAUGAUAAAGAUAUCCCAGUGUCAAGACUGGACGAGGCACUGGUAACUUUCUGUCGUCGUGACGUAGACAUACCGCCAGGAGACAUGGACGAUGCUAAAGAGGUGCUACAGACUAUUAUCGAUGCGGUACGACCGACAUUUGAAGAGUUGGUUAUCAAGAGGUACAACGUUCCUAUAACAAAUUGGGUCUAUACCGGCAGCGUAUUCGAGGGACUGAAAGUGACAAAACCUGACGGAUUUGAAGUCAUGCUGGUAAUGGAUGUGUGGCACCCUCAUCGGCGAAACCCAGCGCGUGACCAGAUGGCGAUAUUCCACGGCCUGGAAGGUUACGACUAUAUUAACAUCACCGAAGGCGUAAAUGACGGAUUCGGUAAUUUCGCCUCAAGCGUCGACGGUACCGGCACAGUCCUCCAUUCCGGUAAAAUAGCCAAGCUGUUUCAAGGCAUACUGGAAAGAACCUUGAAGGCAGCAAAGAAGGAUUCUUCAUUGAGGGGGAUGGACAUACGUGUGGACAGGACCCAUCCUGCUCUACACGUCACUUAUCGAGACAGAAAUAGACGACUGAAACACCUGAAAGUCGAAUUUAUUCCAACAAUCUAUCAUGUUGACAGAUACUAUUUGGCGCAAACACUUGUCUAUGAUGAUGCAGAAGGGGCGAUAGGAAAAUGGCGAAUAAGCGAUAUCGACAAAGAACAGCACAUCUUAAGAAACACGUCGGCGAGUCAAAUCAAGGUAUUACGGAUAAUGAAGGCGUUCUGCAGAAAAGAUCCUUCCUUGGCUUGCAUCCAUCCAUAUUACUUAAAGACCAUAUUUCUCCAUAUGUUAAAAGACUACUCUGGUCCAGGCAUCGAUUGGUGCAUGUACGAUACUUCUCGCUAUUUCAAAGAGUUUCUGAAGAGGUUGUUGGUGUGCAUGACACGGACUAAAUUGACCCAUUACUUCAUGCCAGGUCACAACCUGAUGGCGCAAUUCAUGGUCGAGGUGUCAGAAGAUACUCUGAAUUUUGCCAAAUCACGUAUUGACAGUUUCCUGCAUAGCGAUGACGAAAUCAUCCGGGUACUUCAGCGUUGUCAUUAG